UUGAGCUUUCCCACAUCUAUUUUUCAACUGUCUAAGAAAUCUUUGUUCCUACUGAAGCAGAAUUUACAGGUGUGGUUUCAAAAUACUCGUGCGAAGCAACGACGAAGUAAUCGACUGAGCGUAGCGUGUGAACGAUACUCCCGUUCAAUGUGGAACAGUGUAACACCGGUGCAGGAUUCAGCUGCCGUUGCAACCACCAACGAUCCUUUAAAUCUUAUGGCUGUUUGGGCGCAACAGUGCGCAAACUUUGCAAACAACAAUCUAUCGGAUGAGCAGGCACUGAAAGCAAGUUCAUCGCCGUGCGAGUCUGCUACGGAUGCUGCUUAUGAUUCGCCUCUUGAUCUGUCCCUCAAAGAUGAAACAGCAACGGAGACAACAUUGCCAGCUGAACAAAUAUCUCCUGUUCCCGUAGGAGGCCAGGAUUUAAUUCAGGAUGAUUGCUGGUCUGCAGCCAGUCUCAUUGGUUUUGUUCAAAAAAGUAGUGAAACAAUACGUGAAGCGCUUCUGAAAUCAGCAAAGGGCCGUUCCGAGACGCCGCCAGCAAUAAAUUCAUCGGCAUCGAGGUCCCACUCAGAAGGCGAAUCGAAUUCGGAACCCGGCACUCUGGAUGAUGCUUCAACUGCUACGUUGUCAUCAAGCAUUUGGCCCAGCAAUGUGUUUAUGUCGCAGUAUUCGAUGUUGGGAGCCAAUGGUAUAGCUGGCCUUCAGAAAGUUCUAGAGGUAAAAACGCUGUUUGCCUUUUGGAAAUGGAAGGAGAGGAACUUCUUGGUAGUAGAUCUGUCACGGUGAAU